AUGUCGGGGCCAUCAUCGCCCCCGUCCUCAUUUGGCUUUACCCAAGACGCAAUCGAGCACGAGCAUAAUGUGCUAGUGCAUGUUCUACGAGAGGAAGGUCUUUCGGAUGACUGGGCACGAUGUCUCGAGGGCGCAUUGGGGGAGAUGAGCCAGGUUAUCGAGAGCAGGGGCUGGAUGUCGGGAAUACGAAUUGCCAGAGAGCAAGACAUGAAUCGGCUGAAUCACGAGGGCGCUGGGAUAGGGAAACCAGACUGGCGGAUAUCAAUCGAGCUAUUAUGGCGGUUCGAGUAUAAAGGAAAGGUUCUGGGCCACGGAGGCGAGAUUAUACUCGGACUGGCCGAGUGGGUCUGUGCAGACGAGAAUGAGGCCCCGCCAGCUAUCAUCGGCGGACGUUUGCUGUACGAGGUGUCAAAUCUCCCGCCAUUUACGAGUCUUUAUGCCGGGUUAUGCGAAUUGCCGUCAGUGCCCGUAUUUCCAUAUUGGCUUGAUGCGAGAUUUACACGUAAAGUUGAUUUAUCCCCCACCACCUGCACCCCCUACUCCCGCCACCCUUCCGAUUCCUCCCUCGACAGAGUCUUCCGGUCCCUUGACCCCUUCCGACAACAAAGGCACGGGCUCUGGGGUUUCCUGGCCAAGACAUCCGAACUUGUACAUGGCCUGAGCCCCAAUACCAAUCAACGCCACCCAUCCGUCACCCGCCGUUCGCCUCUCCGCUCGGGAAAUACACCCCUUCCCGAAAUUCCGGUUCCCAGCAGAAGUAGCUUUGAUUCCCACUCCCGCCCGCGCUCCAUGACCAACGACCCACAAGACCAUCGCUCGAUCUCACCCGGCGCUGGAACCGGUCCGAGACCUGCUUUGCCGCCAAAAGUGGCUCCACCCGUCCCUCCCAAAUCUGUCGCGCCACAACCAACCGUAUCGGCAUCGAAUGCGCUUGGGGUAGUGGCUUUCCCGUCUAGUUCACCUACAUCCCCUGAUGUUCCCCGCCCCGUCCCCGGCGGUUUCGCCGCAUUACUCGAAACACUUAAAUCAGAAGCAAAUGUACUCUCGACCAGUCCUGGAAUUGCAUUCACCGCGCCGGGGUUGAUCGUUAGGCUCGCUGAAAAAGAAAUGGACCCCAAUGAGGAUUUAGGAGACUUUAUCACGAGUGGGACUAAUGCGGCCGUUGUUGCCGCUACCACUACCACCACCACCACCAGCGCAACCGCCUCCCGACUGACUGCCUCCACCGCGAGUACGAUUCCCCGAAUAGGCGAAGAUUCCGCCGUCCCGUCACGUUCCCAAACUCCAAUCCCUGCAAGCACCCUCCGGCGCCCCACAGGAGACGAAAAGGCAGGACUAGCCUCGAUCCUUGGCUGGAAAGGCAACACCGGAUCAAGCGCGGACCUCGGUCCCGUCGACCUACGCAACCAGUGGCGCGCAAAUAGUAUCUUUGGCGUCGGCGAACGCGGUCUCUUGCGCACUGGGUCCAUAUUCGGCCUUCAGAGCGAGAACGGAAUGACCGUCCGUCGGAGCGCGGUCGGGGCAAAGCCAAGACAGGUAAAGAGUUUAACCGUAUUAUACGCCGAAUAUGUGGAUGUGAUGGGCUCGCUCGGGAUUGGUGGGGGCAAGGAAGAAACAGUUACGUCCCCUGCACCUGCGACUACUGCUGCGGGCGUUACGGGCGGGGACAUCAUCAGCGAACCCAAGCCGAUUGACGACAAGUCCAGCGCGGACGGCUCGAGACCUUCUUCGGGCUACGGGCUUCCAGCCAGCCGAAAGGCUACGGCGGCAACAACGACAACGACAGCGACGACCACGUCCCAUCGACAGGCGACUGUGCAGACUCCGGGACCCAAGAUUUGCGUCCAGGCCCACUGGCGGACGUACCGGUACUUUAGGUUCGGAAGGUCUCCAUUAGAUUUUGAGGAGGAAGAGAGCCAGCAGGACGAAGGCACCGGCGAAGGCGCGAGCAAAUCCGACUCGAUUUUCGGGGACGACCAAGAGGCCGACGGUCGGCGGGACUCGACGGUUUCCGGCUCGAGCCGACGCGAAAAGGACUCUCCUACGAGUUCGAGGACCGGUACUGCGGUCGGGAAGAGCGUCGCUACGAUCGGGAACAAGGCCAGCGACAAGGUUGCUAGUGAUGGGAGCGAGUUGGCGCUGGAUGAGCCGUUGGGGAUGUUUAUUAAUCGGUUGUGCCAGUCGGCUGAGCGAGAUGAUGUGUGCCAGGAGCCGGGGUGCGGGGAAUAUGUUUCCAAGCAUCGGAUGAGUUGGAUACACAACCGAGUGCGAAUCGUGUUGCGUUUAACUGAGGAUGACGAGUGGGUUGAUAUUGGGGCCAGCCCUAUUGAACAGGAAGACAAUUCCGUCAUCAAGACAUGGCUAGGCUGUUCUGUCUGCAGCGAACGGACGGAGAAGAAAGAUCUUGGUCCUGGUGGCUUUGGGUGGAUGGCGUCGUUUGAAACUUCGGAAGUACGCGAUGUGUACGAGGUUAAAGUACCCAAAGUCAGGAUGCUCCGAACUCCCAUACGUACGGGACAUGGUGGAGCCGACCUUGCUGUUGACGAAAGAGUACGGUCUGAGCUUCGUCUGCAGAUCACGAGUUUCUGGAAGGGGAUCAAGGAUCAUUUGGAUGAAUUGGAAUCGUAUCUCGAGGCACGUGAAGCAAACCCAGAGAUUGCGCACAAGCGCCUACCUACUACUCCUCCAGAUUCUGAUACCGAGACCGAGGAUAGACCGCGAGUACCGAGAAAAAAGUCGAGUAUGCCACCUACGUUGGCUCGAAAAGCAUCUCAGCCCUCGCUGGCCAAGGUACCCCGGAUGCCCGCGCUGACAAGAAGCGCAUCGAUGCAAGGCUUUGCGCUGAGACGCGGUCCAUCCCCCAGACGACUUUCACCUUUAUCAACGCCUGCGCCCCCUCCACCCCCGCCUCCUCCACCUCCUCCACCACCAGUUGAACACCAACAAACAAGUUCGGACUUGGCCCUUGCGACUCCUGUACCCCUUGUCGCACCACCACCUACUGCUCUACCAAUCACAACACCACCUCUCUUCCCUCCCUCCGCGAUCGACCGUGUGCUCCUAAAAAGCCUACGUACCCAGCUAUCAUUAAAUGAACGAGAACUGUACGAAUCACUCUCGCGUGUUGGGUCGGGCGCACUGAACGAUGUUCGGCGCCAGUUUAUCAUGUUUGGUCGGGGUGCUGUAAACAGGAUCAAGGCGUGGGAGAAGAAACAUACGCCCGAGGUCCAGGGCUCGAAUAUCAUUCGAGAAAUCAAGUGCUCAGAGCCUUGGUGGUGGGGAAAGGAAACGCAUGUUAUUCCGGGAUGUGAUGUUGUUGUGAGAGAGGGCGAUCUAGGGAGCAUUAUUGCUUUUACGUUGAGUUCGGCAGACUAUGCGACAGAGCUGGAAAACCUUAGAAACCACCGGGUAACGAGUUACGUCGAGUCAGUCGACGAAGGGUAUACAUCUUCCAGAUUAGGGAAAUCCAUGUCAAGCAUAUCGGUUGUUCCGUCUCGAGUUGCUACUCCCGCACCCCAAACUGCCCCCUCAAUACCUGAUCCAGACCAGGACAACCCGUCAUUAUGGGGCGAAGCCGAAUCUUAUUCAACAGUGAUUACGCGCAAAGAGAACCCGCGAGACCUGUCGAUGCUCGGCCUUCGUAACGUUCUCAGUCACAAACGGGCCGCCGACUCGGGCCCAAGUCUUCCUUCCAAGUUCUCAACUCUGGGUGCUUCUGGCUCUCGACCCGCAUCAAUCAUGCCGCCUUCUGCGUGGUCCAAACCUGCAUGCGAAGUCAGCACCGAAUUCGCGGGAGCAUUACGGGAAAGCCCUUGGAUCAGACACUACCACCCCACCCCCUCGAAGCUUCCAUCCCAAUCGGUGACGGGAGCAUCUACCCCGCCUGCUUAUUUUGAUUUGGAAGAAUCCUCGGACGAUGGUGAACAUUCAAACCCGGCUCCUCCGCCCAAAGAUGUUCCGCUUGCCCCUGUGCCAUCUUCCCGACCAUCAGAACAAGGAACUCUGACUUCAGUACUUGCCAGUGCGGUCAAAUACGUUCUGAACCCCCUGGUUGAUAAACCGUUGCCCAUGCACCACGUCGGGCUAAUGGCCGUGGACCCUAAUGCUGCAUAUGGUCCUAUCGAUGAUCGACCGCAUAUAAAGUACGACUGGACGGCAGGGAACCGCCUCAAAUUCAGUUGCACAGUCUACUUUGCAAGACAGUUCGACGCGAUGCGCCGCCGAUGUGGUGUCGCGGAUAGUUUCAACCGUAGUCUUGCAGAGAGCGCCAAUUGGCUCGCGGAGGGAGGAAAAUCCAAGGCAAACUUUUUCAAAACGCGGGACGAUCGGUACAUCAUCAAAUCACUUGUCAAUGCGUGGAACGUGGCAGAUUUGCAAAUCUUGAUUGACAUGGCGCCCUCGUAUUUCCGUUACAUUGAUUCCACACAUUCUAAAGCUUCUGUCCUUGCCAAGAUGCUCGGGUUCUAUACUAUCGAGGUCAAGAACCUAGAGUCCGGCACGACUCAAACUCGUGCGGAUGUUCUGGUCAUGGAAAACCUCAUGUUUGGUCGAACAAUCUCUCAAACGUUUGAUUUGAAGGGUAUCAAGGGCCGCAAGGUUAAACCGGAGGAAAGAGUGGAGCCACUCUAUUCGACGGUGAAUGGAUGGAGGGAGGCGGUCAAAUAUGACGCCGAAUUCUUGGCCAAAUCUAAUAUUAUGGAUUACUCUUUACUUUUGGGAGUGGAUGAAGAGCGUAGUGAAAUCGCUUGUGGACUGGUAGACACAAUCGGCAGCUACACUUUUGCAAAGACUCUCGAAAACAAGGCCAAGUCCAACUUGCAAAGUGGAAGAGAAGUGACGGUUGUUCCUCCAGCGGAAUAUCAGGACCGCUUCGUAAAAGCCAUGGAGCGAUAUUUCCUUGCCUGUCCUGACAAGUGGAGCAAGCCACCCCCAACAAUCCCAGACGUAUACGAUCCCGCUCAGUUACCUAGUGUCUUGUAA